UCUCCACCAUAUCGUUAAAAGAAAUAAAAAAAGAAAACGACAAAUCGAAGAAAACGUUUUUGGAUUUUCGCUCCAAGCGCCGAGUUCGACAAAAAAAUCUCCUUUUGGGAUUCUAAACCCUCACCACGUUUUUUUACGCUACCGGGCUCAACUUUCAUCCACUCUUUUGGGGCUGCGCAAACGGUUGUGUCGUAGCUGCUGUUGGGCGGUUUUCGCCGACGAGGAGGACAGUUUGACGUGUCUUUCACGACACCAAACCCUUCAUGGACACGCAGCUCCCAGGGGCCGUGCUGCAACCUCCGAAUACAUUGGUUCAUCGACAUGGACGUGAAGCGUCAGCCUAUGACCUUGAAUCCAGUAUAGAUCCCACGAGUGCGGCGAUCGACGGUCCAACACCUGUAGAUAUCGUUCAUGCAAAUGACAGUGGCAAAUCGACACCCGAGCCGACCUCGGCACCAGCACAACUGGGUACACUGAAAACGACGAUCCCACCACCACCCAUCGUUUUUCACACUGACGCCGUUAUCAUCCUCCUGCGCAUCCUUCUCAUCUUUUUUCUUGUUCCUGGCGUGUCCCUCUGGCUAACGUUUGCGCUCUGCGUUACAGUCAACGUCGGUUAUACAACCUUUUCGCUGAUCAAUAGCAAGCCAUCCAAUGAAACUAUUCUUUACCUCCUCGCUUUCGCAUUUUAUCUGCACGCUUUGCAACGAGUAGUCAGAUCAUUGUUGCGUACGGCUCUUCGAAUGGGUGUGAGCAUCUGGCGGUGCGGUUUUGGCGCUGGGGCAAAGGACAUGUGGCCGGGACGGUGGGUGGAUCACACGAUUAUGAAAUGGAAGCCGUGGGUCCUCCAUAUGUUGUGUUUGCCCAGUGUGCCCGAUGAUUUGACGGGUGACCUUCCAGCUGGGACACCACAAGGAACGAACAAGGCGCUGACUCUGGGCGACCUCAGCAUUGAUAAACUCGACCCGCACAGUCCACACGCAAAGUUCUUUAUACGUGUAGAAUGGUUCAAACUGUUUCUCCUCUUUCUACUCUUCCUAUUGGUGCUGGCUGGACCUCCUUUGGUACUCUCAGUCAUUGAUUUUUGGACGGCGGUUGGAUAUCUGUGCGCAUCGUACGCUUUUGCAUCCCUUUUUGCCAUUGCGGUUAGCAACCUCUGUGCCCGCCUGUACAGAAUUGGACGGUAUCUGCGAGAGCUAUUUCGAAACGAAAUGGAACAUGAUCGUCUUCGUGCAAUGUACGUGGCUUCCGCGGGAUUUGACAGCAAAAGUAAGGGCGAGGGGAAGGACGUGGCGAAAGGCCAAGUGCUGAAUAUCAUUGGCAAUAGGCUCUUUUGGGGGUCCAUCAUUGUCUUCGUGUCAUCCAUCGUUCUCAACUCCAUGCGUGUGUAUAGUACCAUAGCAGUGCUAUGUGGAGUCUUUUUUCUUUUUGGAUUGAUUGUGAGAUGUCGAUGGUAUCUACCUGGUUAUUCCAAUCUCACUUCGGUGCAUCAGUAUAUUGAGAAUGUGCUCCCUUACGAUGGAAAAUCGGCCGCGCCAGCUCUAGUACUCUUUGUUGCGCGCAUGCUCUACGACUUUUGUGGAAUAGGGUGUCUUGUAGCUCUGGAUAUCGGACGCAUGAGUAUCCAAAGCGACGUUCCUGAGAGGUGGAAGUACUUUGUUGAUGUGAAACAGGUGUCGAAUAGUGUGUUAGCGUCGUAUGCUCCAACGUUUUUUGCGAUUUUUUUCUUUCGGGACGCUCUAUUUCUUCUUCCCGAGAAGCUCAUUUCGCAUAAAGCCCGAGUGCCGCUCAUGGUAUUCGUCACGUUGGCGAUGCUUGCCCUCGCUAUAUCGUUCCGAGCUUCGUACGCACUGUACACUUACAGUACGACACUUUUGAUCGCAAUUCUCUCCCUCGAUUUGCGGGAUGCCAGAUUUUACUGGGACCGAGACGGCAAGACCUCCGGUUCUUCCGUCCGACUUCCAAACAUUAGACGGGCACAUCGCACCUCUCUGGUGCUUCUAUUUAUGCUCUGCACAGCACUUGCGGUAUCCGCCAUUGUCGGAGUAUGUCUCAACUCAAAAGUCCCACCACCUCGUGACAAUCGUCCUUCAUUUCUGCUCCGGAACUCUAGCGUUCUUCCUCCAUUUUGCGCCCCGGCAUAUCCUUACUCUUCCGCUCAACCACUGGAUUUACAUGCAUUUGCCUCGUUAGCGGAAGCAGCCUACGAAGAUUCGCCACUGGCAAUGUUAGCUCCCACGCUUUCCCGCCUCAACAUGAGCGCAUCCCUGAUCAGUGUUCCCGUCACUGGUGACGUUCAUUUCGUUCAUUUUAAUCUUUCUUCAAGUGGAAACUCUUCACCUCUGCAUAUUAUAUCUAUCCGCGGCACACAUGGGCUCGACGACGUCUUCCAAGAUAUAUACCUAUUCUCAAGCCCGGCACUUCUUCGAUUCUCUUCGUACUUUGGCACAUUUUUCUCAUUGUGGCCCCAACAGACCCUUGCCCAAGUCGUGAGACUCCUCUACCGAUACGCUGCCAAUCCAGCCUUGACAUACUUCUUUUCCGUUGAGGACUAUGUAGCACGAGUAGCUGCAGAAAACUCUAAUGUGUACGUUACGGGACAUUCUCUUGGUGGCGGACUAGCGCUACUUACGGGAGCAUCAGUAAAUGUACCGGCAGUAGGAUUUUCGGCACCUGGGCUAGCCAGCUCAUAUUUAGCAUUCGGGGUGACAGAUAAAGACACGUUGAUGACUGGCAACGUUAAUACCUGGUUAGAUGGAGACCCCGUACCAACGCUGGACGGGCAAAUGGGAAGUGUGGUGGUUUUGCCGUGCGGGACAGAGACAUGGGGUGCUGGGUGUCAUAGCUCAGUGCGAAUCAUUGAAAGAAUCGCAAAGCUGUGUCGUAUCGCGACUGCAACUUAGGCACAUAUACUACCUGUUUCUUAGAGUUGGCGAUUUCUGAUACCCUCAUUAUUUUUUUAAAUACUAUGGCAUUGCACUGCA